GUGAGUAAGUAGUGAGUAUUUUCAAGAGUUCCAUUUUAUUUCCCAGCGGACUUUGAUCGCAAUGGAUCCCCUCCUUUUUUUUUUUUUUUUUUUUUUUGAGAACCAACCACCUCGACUCCAAGUUCUAGAAGACUAACUAGGGAGGAUAAUAAUACCUAGCAAUAAGUGGCAAUACACCACAAUCCCCGCUUCACUUGCCACCACUUAAAGUACUUUACCUGGCACUCGAUUCUACUAGGUAUGUAUAUAUCUGUAGAGAUGCAUGUAUGUAUGUAUGUUGUACGUCCAGUUGUUCCGGAAGGGGCUGUGCAGGAAAGAAAAGAAAGAUAUCUCCACAUUUCCAAUUCCACCUGAAUUCAUUCAUUCAAUGUGCCUGGUUUGACUGCAUCCAGUGGAGGAGGGAAAAAGUUAAAAAAAAAUGUUGCCGCCUGCGGAACCUGAAUCUUGAAAACAGACUUGAUUUUGGGUCAGUGAUUGUUGUUGACACUCGCUGGAUUCUAUCACCUCAUCUCUCUCUCUUCUUGUAUCUUCUUUCUCUUCUCUUGUCUUGCUCUACUCAGUAUAUAACAACCCCCACGGUGGUUUCCUGCUACCUGCCAUCGCCGCAAAGAAAUCCGCUAUUAUUGCCUGCGAAGAAUUCCUCUCUUCCUUCUUUGCUGCUUCUUUUUGGGUUCACUCACUUUUCUUCCUUCCUUUCUCUGUUUAUAUUAUUCCCUCGCUUUUAUUUUCAUCCUGAGCGCUGAAGGAUGAGUCCUCCAGCUUCUUACCCAACGUCAUAACCCCACUGCGACGAUCAGCGCCCUGUGCGACCGACUAACGUGUUUA